CGACCGCAACGCGCGUAUUCCACUCGCAGAUUGCGAGGCUCCGCGGCACGCGCGCACACGCUCGCUCACACACUCACGCACCCAGUCACACACACACUCUGAACCAGUCGAGAAAGGGAAGAAUGAGGAAGAACUCGCACGCAAAUUUCAGCUCUCACAGAUUUUCUGAUAAAGCAUCAGAUUUUUGAUCGCUAGGGGUCUGUUUGGGGGGGAAACACACGUGUAUGGAAAUCGGAGGGUGCAUAUAAUACUCGCGUGGGUCUCUAAUCUUUCCCGCAUCUCCUAUAUAAAAACCUAAACUAAUGCGAGCUGGGAUACUACUGACGGCUUCCGACACGCACUGUCUCCGUUAACACUCCUUCUGCCGUUUUCCCACAGACUGACUACUUCACGGAGCACCGUUACGCACAAGUUUGUCACCGAGUAAGGAACGAUGAGGCACCGUGAGACCUCCCCAUGCCUCUUCCUGAGCUUUCGAUGUCUAGUCGUCAUGGUGAUACUGCUCUACAACGUCCACCAGGUGACAGCGGAACAUGCUCCAGACCACAGCCAGGAUCAUAGUUCUCCUGCCAACAAGUCUUUGACCUGUGGUGGGUCAGUUUCAUGUCUCUCAGGAGUCAUCCUUCCAAUGUGGGAGCCCCCAAACCCUUCGUUUGGGGACAAGGUAGCCCGGGCCACAGUUUACUUUGUGGCAAUGGUAUACAUGUUUCUGGGAGUUUCGAUUAUUGCUGACCGAUUCAUGGCAUCCAUUGAGGUCAUCACCUCUCAGGAGAAGGAGAUCACCAUUAAGAAACCAAAUGGUGAAACGACCACUACAACUGUACGCGUCUGGAACGAAACUGUGUCCAACCUCACUCUCAUGGCUUUGGGGUCUUCUGCUCCUGAAAUUCUGCUCUCAGUCAUUGAAGUGUGCGGCCAUAACUUUGAAGCUGGUGACCUCGGACCCUCUACCAUCGUCGGCAGUGCAGCUUUCAACAUGUUCGUCAUUAUUGGAAUCUGCGUCUAUGUGGUGCCCGAUGGAGAGCAUCGUAAAGUGAAACACCUGCGUGUUUUCUUUGUCACCGCCACUUGGAGCAUCUUUGCCUACUUGUGGCUCUAUCUGAUCUUGGCUGUUAUCUCACCAGGCAUCGUCCAGGUGUGGGAGAGUCUUCUCACUCUUUUCUUCUUUCCUAUUUGCGUGGUCUUUGCUUGGAUCGCUGACCGCCGCCUCCUGUUUUACAAGUAUGUUUACAAGCGCUACCGAGCCGGCAAGCACCGUGGCAUGAUCAUUGAAACGGAGGGGGACCGUCCUCUGCCAUCCAAGGUGGAUAUCGAGAUGGACGGGAAGAUGCUCAACUCUCAUGCAGUGGACUUCUUGGAUGGAAGUCUGGCUUUGGAACUGGAGGACAAAGACCUAGAUGAGGAUGAAGCUAGACGUGAAAUGGUGAAGAUUCUGAAGGAACUGAAGCAGAAACAUCCUGAUAAAGAGGUGGAGCAGUUGAUUGAACUCGCUAAUUACCAGGUGCUCAGCCAGCAGCAGAAAAGCCGUGCAUUCUACCGAUGCCAAGCGACCCGGUUAAUGACCGGAGCAGGUAACAUUCUGAAGAAGCAUGCGGCAGACCAAGCUCGCAAAGCAGUGAGCAUGCAUGAGGUCCGCAGUGACACUGGAGAGAAUGACCCGAUUUCUAAGAUCUUUUUUGACCCUGGCUCUUACCAGUGCCUGGAAAACUGUGGAACCAUGGCGGUGAACGUAAUUCGACGUGGAGGUGAUGUCAACCAGACUGUGUCGGUGGAAUUCCGCACAGAAGAUGGAACCGCAAAUGCCGGCUCAGAUUAUGAAUUCACAGAAGGCACUGUUGUUUUCAAGCCAGGUGAGACGCAAAAGGAGAUCCGAGUUGGAAUUAUUGACGAUGACAUCUUUGAAGAGGACGAGAACUUCCUCAUCCACCUCAGCAAUGUCCGUGUGCUUCAUGAGGGUGAUGAGCCAGAGACCACUGAAGCCAAUCACAUGGAAACCAUCGCUACGCUCGGUGUGCCCUCCACAGCAACAGUCACCAUCUUUGACGAUGACCAUGCUGGAAUCUUCACAUUUGAAGAGCCAGUCAUCCACAUUAGUGAGAGUGUGGGUGUCAUGGAAGUGAAGGUCCUGCGUACGUCUGGGGCCCGUGGGGUGGUGUCACUGCCAUAUAAAACCAUUGAGGGAACUGCGCGUGGAGGGGGAGAGGACUUUGAAGACUCCCACGGUGUUCUGGAGUUCCAAAACGAUGAAAUCUUGAAGACGAUAUCAGUCAGGGUUCUCAAUCGAGAGGAAUACAAUAAGCAAUGCAGCUUUUACAUAGAGCUACAGACGCCACUUUGGAGAAGGAGAGGAUGGACAGUAUACAGAGAGGAGGAGAAAGAGCCGGGGCAGGAAGAGGAGGAGCCUCUGACAGGUGAAGAUGAACAGCGCAUUGCUGAAAUGGGGAAGCCAAUGCUAGGAGAUCACCCCAAACUGGAGGUUAUCAUCGAGGAAUCCUAUGAAUUCAAGAACACAGUUGAUAAAUUGAUUAAAAAGACAAACUUGGCUCUUCUGGUUGGCACCAACAGCUGGAGGGACCAGUUCAUCGAGGCAAUCACAGUCAGCGCUGGUGAGGAUGAUGAUGAUGAAGAAUGCGGAGAGGAGAAGCUCCCGUCCUGCUUUGAUUACGUCAUGCAUUUCCUCACUGUCUUCUGGAAAGUUCUCUUUGCCUUUGUCCCGCCCACCGACUACUGGAACGGGUGGGCAUGUUUUGUGGUGUCAAUCAUUAUGAUUGGCGUCCUGACGGCUUUCAUCGGAGACCUGGCAUCGCACUUCGGCUGCACCAUCGGACUCAAAGACUCCGUCACAGCAGUGGUGUUCGUGGCACUGGGAACUUCAGUCCCAGACACCUUUGCCAGUAAAGUGGCAGCAAUACAGGAUCAGUAUGCCGACGCGUCCAUUGGAAAUGUGACGGGCAGCAAUGCAGUGAACGUCUUCUUGGGCAUCGGAGUGGCCUGGUCCAUCGCCGCCAUCUACCACAACUCAAAGGGCAACGAUUUCAGGGUGGACCCGGGUAGCCUGGCCUUCUCUGUCACCCUCUUCACCAUUUUCGCCUUUAUCUGCGUGGCAGUGCUCAUGUACCGUCGCCGGCCCGACAUCGGCGGCGAGCUGGGGGGUUCGCGGACUGCUAAAACGCUGACCACCAUGCUAUUCGUCAGCCUCUGGCUCCUCUACAUCCUGUUCUCCUCUCUGGAGGCUUACUGCCACAUCAAGGGCUUCUAAACACACAUACAAGCGCUCACACAUGCAUAUACAUGCAGAACCACACACCUUUACACAGUGACACACACACAACAUACAUUCUGUGGAAAAUCCGCAAAGACUAAAGGGAAAAAACUAAAGACAGCAGAGGAAGGCAACAGCGGAGGACUCGGUUUCGGGUUCAUGUGGAUAAUCGUUUUCCGCAGACCAUCGGCCUGUUCUUCUGUUCUCUCAACACUCCUUCAUCAUCAUCUUCCUCUGGUUGUUGUGUGACUGCAUCUGAUUGGACGGGGUGUGACCACAGUGUUCAAACAUCAAAUCUAGACUAUGAAAAGCUACUAUUGCUACCUUUAACUACUGUAGAUGUGCUUUUUUAAACAUAAACCAGUAUAAAAGCCACGUGGGACUGUGGAAUCUGUAAGCUCCCUUCAUAGUGCCAUGGAACUCUGGAUAAUGUGGCUUUGUGUUAUAGGUUUGUUAUCUUAAUGUUGACCGAGCGGUACUGUAAUUUUGCUUGGGUGAUUUUUCAGACACAUUACUUUAUGUGUUUACAAAUAAUGUAAUCGGAGUGGUCCUAACUGAAAGGGGUCAACCUUUGCCAUUCGUGUACAGCUCGGACAUCCUCCUAAACAACUUUUGUUGUUCUUGAGCAGCUUCUAGUUCCCGUGAAGGCCAGUUUUUAUCCUGCUCUUGCACUGGUGCAGUUCAUUCCAGUUCAGAAAGAGAAUAACAAUAAGGAGAGUGCAGUACGCCAGCUCUGAUCUCUCCCAGCACUGAAGCUUUAGAGACCAGAGAUGCACUAGUGCAAGACUUUGAUUUAAAAGCCUUGAUCUGACGUCCUCAAAGAUCGUAAAGUGCUAUUGAAGAGCUCGGGUUAAGGAACAUUCUGAAUUUUCUAAUAUAAAUAUACCGCAGUUUGUUACUGAUUAGAUUAUUAAUUUAUGCAAUCGAUGAACGAUGUGUGAGGUCAAUCUAGUGAAGAUAAUCCAGCAUGUGACAUGCUUUUGCUAACAUCACAUUGAGAGUUUACAAUUAUGACUGUUACUUUCUGUCCAAACCUACACGCAUACAUUUACGGACCCACGCAAAAACAGUGGCCAUUAUUUCAGCGAUUUGUUCUCAGACACACAAUUUACAGUCUUACACAUGCAAGCAUGUAUAAUUGGUAGUCUUUUGCUUGAUUGACUUGCUCAUACAGGUACAGUCAGUCACUCAUCUACGUGGCGUUUACGAGGGCACACUUUCCCUCCAACCCUGCUGAGAUUGCUUCUUUGUACUGUGUAGAUUCACUGCAUAUGGAGCUGUAAGGUAAAGCUCAUAGAGUAGUCACGGUUUUAGACGUAGGUCGAUUUUAAAAGCAGAAAUUUUAGAACUAAUCUGAAUUUGACUCUAAACACCUUCAGGAUAGGAUGGUUUAACACAAACGAACUGAAAAAAAAAAACAUAGCUCAGUUUUCAUUUUGAAAAUGCAAUUGCAGGAUUUUUCACUCUCCAAAGUUUGAUUUCCAGGCUUAAUAGGGAAGUAAAAAUUUACUGAGCACAGUAGUUCGGAUUUAGUUAUUUUGGACUCUAUCUAUUGUGUAGUUUGCGCCAAAUUUGCCAAAGGGAAAAUCUUUCUAAUGGAGAACUGCAGUGUGCCACACAGCCCCUGAAGUGGGUUUUCUAUUUCGAAUCUUACGUUUUUUUACCCACACCAAAAAUGUCCUUGCAAGGAUAAAGAGGCCUUGGUGACAUUUCUUAUAGGUGUUUGUACUGAAGGGAUCCAGCCUACAGCUCUUUUACUGCAUCUGAAAACCUUUUCUUGUAAUGAAAGCGUGCUUUUAAAGGGAUUCUUUGUUGGGGUUUGAAGUUUCAGUAGCUUGAUUUUGAAAGAGAAGAAAGGUUUAGCUUGAAUAGCAGUUUAAUUUUUAUUUCUUGUUGUGUUCAUUUUAUUUUGUUUUACAUUUUUAAUGAAAGGAAACUAUAUUGUACCAGCUCCAGGGCAUUUCUGUAGGAAACCUUUGAUGAUGACCUUUAAUCCCUGAUGAAGAUGAUCCGCUGUUGCUUGCUAAUUCUGAGAUACACAAGAAAGACACUACAAACAAAGAAGGACAAAACCAACAACAAAUAAAAAAAAAGACUUUUUCCUGAAGCCUAAUAUCUAUUUAACCAAUAAACAAACAGAUGAAGUUGGAGUGAAGUUGGUGAAACCAUGUGAAUUACAGCCAUACCAAGUUCUGCCGAGAAGACUUUCACGGCUCGCUAGCCGUCACACCAACUGACCGCAGGUGCGCCUCUCCGUACGGGGCGUUCAAACUGUCUCUACGGUUUAUUCUGUAUAUGUAUUUGCUUUGGCAGAGCAGGGGACAGCAAUUGUGCGUCUAUGCUCUGUGGUCUGUAAAUCAGGGCGUGGCUGCAUUGGAACCGCCCCCCUGUGGAACCUAACCCCUCCCCUUACCCCGCCCCCUUGUUUGCCAUGUCCAUAUUUGGAAUGUUAAUGUGCUUCGUGUUGACAAUGCAUGGAUGCUAACCUGUCUGUAUAUAGUACGCAGAAUCACCUUCAUUAAUGUAGUCGACAGAGGUUUGAAAGCUGUAUAGAUAUUCUAUAUAUUUUGUUUUGUUUGCUUGUUCAUUUGAUUUUCCUGUCCGUAAGUUUCAUUUGAAUGCAUUUCAUUUUUUUUUUUACUUGCACAUGUAUAUUAAAAAGGCAGUAUCUGUCGUUUGGUGCAGGAGCACAUGUCCAAACGAAGAAAGCAGUAUAUCAAGGCCCUUUGUUUGGUUGUUGCAAUGGUCGUAUUAUUUAACAGUAUGAAAUAUUUUAUCAAUUAAGCGUUUAGGUGUGUAUGUAUAUACUGUACAGUAAAAUGAAGACAGAGUCAUCGCUCUGCCAUUAUCACAGAGAGAAUGCAACAUAUUUAUUUGAGACUUCAGAAUGACAAAUAUUGCCUUUUGGAUUGAUUGUUGCAUAGAGCUUGUUUUGUUCUAGUUUCUUCGCUGAGCAGUGUGAGUGCGCAAGUGUGUGUUUGUGUGUUUGUUUGGUCAGUCUGGAGCAGCCUGUGAUAUCUGUAAGAAUUAAAGGAACAUAUAAUCCGUUAUUUAUCUGCUCUGAGUCUGUAAACCAUCUGGGAAAUGUCUGUAAAACAUUAGGAGAAUGUGUGUGAAGCGUCAGGGUUUGCCUUGUGUAUGUCUUAUAUUCCUAAUUCCCCUCUCUCUUCCUCACUGCUCAGAUGGACUCUAGUCUUUCAGGGGUUUAAUACUAAUCUUUGAUAAUAUUAUUUCCUCCUCCCCCUCGCUCUAUUACUCUCUCUCUCUCCUCUAACUCUCCAAUCCAAGGCCUCACUAGCAUCUUGCAUAAAUGUGUCCGGUGAAAUUAUGUAGGCUGUAUGUUGUAAACAAUCGCAGUGUAUAUGUGUAAAGAUGUUCCUGGUAUUCCUGAACAGUGCGUGUAUGUGUGUAAAAUGACUACAUUUCACUUAUUUUUAGUGUAUAAAUUUAGAGCAUGUAUAAAGGUUUGCAUAAUCACAGAGAAUAUUGGUCCCAACUAGUCAUUUUGUCUUGUUUUCUUGUAAGAAAUACCUAAAAAUCUAUAAAUCAAGAUAGAUUUAUGUAUGAUAUUUAGACUUGUUUUUCAAAGAAUACAUCUCAAAUUAUUUUUGGUUGUUGUUUCAAGCAUAAAUCUAAUAAGAGAAUAUUUAUACAGGAAAACAAGACAAAACACUGUUUUUUUUUUUUGCAGUGUAAACAACAUGGCAGAAAGCUCUCAUGCCAAAGCAGGAUUGAAUGUAUUGUAUGUAACAUAAUAGCUGUCUAAAUGAAGGCUGUAAGUUUUAUUAUCUUAUCUGUCUUGUACAGAUCGAGUGGCUCAAAUAAUUGUGUGUGUUUGAUCACUGUAAGAUAACGCUGAGAAUCAUGUUAAUGCAAGUGUGUGUGGCCUUGUGGCAUAGUGUGUCUUACUCAGUCCUCUUGUCAUGAGCUUAUUAAAGCUGACUCUAUUUUCCUUCUCUCUCUCUCUUAUCUCUUCUUUCUCUCUUGCCCUUUUCGCUUUAUUUCAUGCUGUUUUGUUUUGAUUGUUAGGUUGUUUUAAUUUCAAUCUGAAUAAUUAAAUAUGAGAUUGUUUUGAUUUAUUUUUGUGUUGCACUCAAUCUAAUAAGAUGGACGUCCACUAACUGUGAUUGCUCCCCUAGUACACCUCUACACAGGAAAUAAAGUUUGGGAUAUCCUGUUUAGAGCCAA